GGUGGCACUGACUGGCAGCACUGUUGGGCACUGGUGAGUGGCACUGGUGGGCACAGGUGGGUGGCACUGCUGGGCACAGGUGUGUGGCACUGCUGGGUGGCACAGGUGGUUGCAAUGCUGGGCACAGGUGGCUGCACUGCUGGGCACAGGUGGCUGCACUGCUGGGCACAGGUGGGCGGAACUGGUGGGUGGCACUGCUGGGUACUGUUCAUCAGGGCACUGAUCAUCAGUGCCCUGAUGAUCGGUGCCGAACCCUGCUCUAACAACUACCGGUUCUCGGCAGUACUUUUCUCACGAUCUGACAGCGUGAGGAAAGUGCAGCCGAGAACCGGCAAUUGC